AUGAACCGGCGGAAGAACACUCAGAGCGCGGAGACAGAUGAAUCCUCCAAGCGCCGGAAGUUCAUUGCUUGUCAGCGGUGUCAUGCGCAUAAGAUCAAGUGCUCUGGAGAGCAGCCAUGCGCCAAGUGCCGCAUGGUGGGUUGUGCGGAUGAGUGCACAUAUACCCAACGCGAUCGCCAGGUCAAAGUGAGCGAAAGCUAUUUGGAAAGUCUGAUUUCGGAAAAUCGACGCCUAAAGGAACAAUCGACCCCCUCGGCAAACUUGGCCGAACCGACCCAUGACGCCGAAGCAGGUGAAUCACGACUCACAGAGCAGCCAGACGAAAGCAACACUAGUGUCCGUAACCCACUGAUCGGUGACCGUGCAUGGUUCCAUCCGUACGAUCCAUCCGCGCCGCCUAUCUUCAUCGGCGAGGCAGCCUGCACGGCUUUUGCUACUCGUUUCCGUCGUUUUCUGACCGGCAGUAACACGACACCUCAUAUUCCCCGGAUGCAAUAUGUCAAGGAAGCGAAUAUCGCAGCGGCCAACGAAGCAUAUGUACAGUGGCCGAGCCUUCAGCAAGCUCGACUCCUGGUGAAGAUUGUGCUGCGCCAGAUUGGAUGUCUUUAUCAUCUGCUACUGCGUAAAUCGACAUUGGAGAAGCUUGAGGAAAUAUAUCGGACCGGUGACUUUGACUGCAAGGUCAACCAGUGCAAAUUCUUUGCUCUUUUCGCAUUUGGAGAAGCUUAUUCCAUCCGCACAGAGCCUCUUUCCGGGUCGAGGGUGCCAGGGACCUCGUAUUUUGCGCGCGCCCUAAGUUUGGUUCAGGUAUUGCCAGAGAGAACAAGCAUUACCCAUCUGGAGACGCUCUUGUUGCUGUCAUUGUUCUCCUACUAUCUUAAUCGACGCCACUCGGCGUAUGUGUUGAUCGGCAGCGCGAUGCGCUUGAGUCUGCAGAUUGGGCUGAAUCAUAACAUUCCCGAGUCACAGCUCAUCGACCCUGUGGAGCGCCAACAUCGAGUGCGGAUUUGGUGGACGAUCUACAUCUUUGAUCGCAUGUGGGGAUCAAAGAUGGGAAUGCCGUCCCAGAUCCUUGACGAUGAUAUCCACGUGGACAUGCCGUCCAGGAUCAGCCCAGCGCAGGUGCACGAUGAACAAUUCUCGGACCCAGACUAUCAGACUGCCAAUAUAGAGCUCGCUCGGAUUGUCGGCGAAACUAUUGCAAAACUCUACAGCCGACGCAAAUACAGCGAGACGUUCCUCCAGCGCGUGCAGAAGCUACUGAAAGCAUUGAAAAACUGGGUAGAUACACUACCCGACCAUUUGCGACUGAACGAAAACGACCCUGAGAUGAACACGAAACAUGUCAGCUCUCUGCAUCUGGCUUUCAACCAGUGUGUUGUACUUACAACCCGUCCGACCCUCCUCCAUCUCCUCAUCAAAGUCAGCGAGUCCGAGACCAACCCCACGAGCAAGGACCAUGCCAUCUCGCAACCCGUCUGGACGCUGGGUGAAGCGUGCAUACAUGCAGCCCGUCACAGUCACUCCCUGAUACUCACACGCUACAUCAACGGCUCCAUUCCGGUAUUUGGCUAUUUUCACGCGCACUACCUCUUCUCGGCUUCUUUGGUGCUUGCAAUGUCCAGCUUGCUGCCCAUCGGCAGCCGCAACGACAUAGGCGCCUUUGAGACCGGUCUGACUGUGCUGCAGUCGAUGAGCGAGAACGGCAAUCUUGCGGCCUCGGAAUUCUACCAGAAUCUCGAGCAGGUCAAAUACUGUCUCGAACGGUACGGGGACGAACGUCGCAGAAAGGAAGCGAGGGUAAAUGGAGCAGAAGCUCUCGGGCCAGGAAACAUUCCGGCCUCGUCUGUCGUUCCCACGCAACCUCAUACUGAUGAAAUGGCUCCAUUGCAACCGGGACCUGGGUCGAUUAUCAGAGCAGACAAUGAGCUGAACAGUAGUCCAGGAUACAACGGGUAUGGCAGUCUAGCGCCUCGGAUUUCGAUUCACGAAGCUGCAGUGGGGUUGCCAACCGCAAUGACAUUUCUGGAGCCGACAAUGCAGGACUUUCUCGCGCAGUCGGAUUUCGACUUGGGACUGUUGCAUUCGGUGGACACGUUUAUGAACGACACGGAGAGCAUGUAUACCAGUCAUGGCCUAUAA